AUGGUAGGACCCAAAAGACAGUUGCUUCCGCUCCUCCUAUUCCCACUCCUCUCUCUCUUUGCCCUCUCCUUCUUCUCCUACCACCACUCCUCCCUAAACCCUAACCCUAACCCUAACCCCCCUCUCCACCCCCAAAUCCCCAACUCUUUCACCUUCGUCAUCAAGCUCCUCGCCUUCAACCGCCUCGACUCCCUCUCCCGCUGCCUCCGCUCCCUCGCCGCCGCCGACUACCUCUCCGACCGCGUCCACCUCCACCUCCACAUCGACCAUUUCGCCCUCCCCGACUCCUCCGACGCCGAUCGCCAGCUCCACGAGUCGCGUCGCAUUCUGGACGUGGUCGAUGGGUUCCGGUGGAGCUUCGGCGAGAAGGUGGUGCAUUACCGGACUCAGAACGCGGGGCUCCAGGCGCAGUGGCUCGAGGCCUGGUGGCCUAGCUCCGAUCACGAGUUCGCCUUCGUCGUCGAAGAUGACGUGGAGGUCUCGCCGCUCUAUUACAAGUUCCUCAGGAAUCUGAUUCUCAAUUACUAUUACAAUGCCUCUAAUUCUCGUCCUUACAUCUAUGGAGCUUCGCUUCAGCGACCAAGGUUUGUUCCAGGUAAACAUGGGAACAAACUACAAUUGGAUAAUAGAACACGACUCUUUUUGUACCAACUGGUAGGCACUUGGGGUCAGCUUCUCUUUCCUAAACCUUGGAAAGAGUUCAGGUUGUGGUAUGAUGAACACAAGGCCAAAGGCAUUAAGCCAAUCCUCAAUGGCAUGGUAACAACUGGGUGGUAUAAAAAGAUGGAGGAGAAGAUAUGGACACCUUGGUUCAUUAAGUUUAUUCAUACUCGUGGCUAUUUUAAUAUCUACACCAACUUUUUACAUGAGAGAGCGCUUAGUGUCUCUCACAGAGAUGCUGGUGUCAAUUAUGGGAAGACUGUUGGGCCUGAUUCACAUAUUUUGGAUGAAAGUUCUCUUGAUCUGAAGUUUUGGGAUAUGCAACCUUUGAGUGAUCUCAAGUGGUAUGAUUUUUGUUUCAGAGAAAUAUUUCCUGAACGAGUUGUUGUGAACCUUGAUGAACUGGCGUCUAUUCUUGAUUCUGUGCAGAAACACAACUCCGUUAUUAUUGUUAACCUGUUUGGGGCAAAAGAGAUGGUAAUUAGAAACCUACUCUGCCACUUUGAGACUCUAAAUUUGUUGAAUUAUAUACUUAUCGGCCCUGAGUCUGAACUCAUGUUUGAUCUGUCACGAAGAGGACAUCCAGUGAUCGCUACAAACCACUUUCUGGAGAGUGUAGGAGCUCAUAAAUUGAUAUCUAUGCAGCAUUCUCAGGUGCAAAAGAUUGAUGAAAUAUUAGUCAAGAUCUAUGUAUUAGAGAAGUGUUUAAAAUCUGGGUACAGUUCCUGGGUGGUGGAUGGGAACAUGCUUCCAGUAAGCAGUGACGCAUUUGUCGAUUAUGACCCCUCAUAUGGUUUCUAUAUAGGUAAGACCUCAGAACUUUUCUUUGCCAGGAGAUCAUCUUCUGCUCGAAAGGUUUGGGACAAUGAUAUUAUAACAAAAUUCGCAGUGGUGGUGAACUCUCUUCUAGUAAAACAACAGAGCAUAAAUUUCGUUAAUGUAAUGGCACAGAUUUUGGAACAGGAUAAAGGUGUGAGGGUUAAAUAUCUUGACGAAACAAGCUUUGCUCUUAGGAUUGAUAACAGUAAGGUCAAUCAAUCUCUAGGUGAUGGAAAGCAGGUGGCAUUCUGGUCUAAUGAUAUGGCUUCCAAUCUUGUUCAACAUCGGCUUCAGGAACUGGGUGCUUGGAUUGUAGAUGAUGACUAUUCGUGUAAGGCUGUUAUCUGUCACCAGUCAUAA